AUGGAAGUGCUGACAGUGGAUCGCGCCAACCUGCUCUCUUCCGCCUCCUCUACCUCGUCCCUCUCCCAGCAAGAAGUAGCCACCAAGAUCAAGCAAACACACCGCCUGACAGUGCUGCUGAAGCACUGCUCUGAACAGCUGCUGGCAGAAUAUGUGCGUCACCAAGGGGAGCCAUUCAGCAGUCCAGAUUUCCAGCCCCCUGCCAUGGCAGUCCCCGGGCUGCCCUCGCCCUCUAUCCCCCCCGAGGCCUGGCUGGCGCUCAGCGACGGGAAGCGGCUCUGGCACCUCACCGCGGCCUACGCCACCCUGCCCGGACUCCUGGGUUCCGUGCGGCGGCAGCAGGCCGAGCUCAACCCUUUGGCUUCGGAGCUGCAUCGGCAGCUGGAGGCUGCGGCCCGGCAGUGCCUGGGGCUGGCCGGGAACCUGGAGGGGAUCAUGGGCGCCUUGGGGCUGCCAGGCCCCUCGCCUCCUUCCCCCAGCCUGGGCGGCCCCCCCACCAGCGCCUUCCUGGCUAAGCUGAGCGGGUACCACGUGUGCCGGCUGCAUCGGGACUGGGCCACGCGGAGCCACGAGGCGCUCGGGCUUCUCCGCACCAAGUACCCGCUGUGA